GAAAAUCUAUAUCAUCGGUAAACUAGGUGAUCCAAAGCGAAACCGAUCGAUGCACGCAUGGUUACCAAUCUAAACAACCUAGAUAUUAACCGUAUAUAUUUUAAAUGGCUUUUCAUCAUAAACGAAAGAACAGCAAUUCGUUAUCAAUACUUGUGACUGGAUCGUCAGGAUGUGGGAAAACAAGCUUGAUCAAUCGUUUUGUUGGAGAUACUUUCACCGAAGAACAUGUACCUACACAAUUUAUGAGUGGUAAGUCACAUACUGUUGAAGUAAAUGGAAAAGAAAUUCGUCUACAGCUUAAUGACACAGAUGGAGAUAGAAAGUACGAGAACUAUUCUAUCAAUUACUAUGCUGAAAUGGAUGCAACUAUUAUUAUCUAUGAUAUAUCGAAACAAGAAUCUUUAGAGAUGGCGAGCGAUAUAUUGGGGCGAUGGAAAAAAUACAAUAAAGGGAAUAAGAAGGCAGUUGCAUUUCUAGUAGGAAACAAAUCUGAUAUGGAACGUGAAAUAAACAAACAGGACGUCGAGAAUUUUGCAGAGAAGGAAAAUUUACCCCACACAGAAACAAGUGCAAAAACAAACGAAAACGUAAACGAGAUGUUCAUGUCAAUUAUCAAACGACUUACAGAAAAUGGCGAUGAUGGUGAUGGUGAUAAAUCUGCAGACGACAGCCCGUCCGAACGGAAAGAAAAAGAAAAUUCCAGUAAAAUUGAUAACGUCGACAUUGUACCUAGUACCACAGCACAAAACAGCAACUGUUGUGUUAUAAGCUGAUGGAUUAUCUAACUUUAAUUAUCAAACGUAAACACUGGAGAAAGAACUGGCAAACAGGCCAAAAGCUGUUCUACUAUAUGAACAUGCAUUGUACCUCAAUAAUGUUUUAACUGAAAACGUUUGAAGAUAUGAUAAAUACUUUCUACGAGCAUGGAGUAGAUUAAAUGAAAUGAUAGACGAGACACUAGUUUUGAUCAUUGAAAAGCUUGAUUUCACAUUACUUAUACUUGUUUAGUAUGUGAUUAAAACGUUCAGCUGAUUUUUAAAGAGUUAACUCCCUUAGGUGUUCUGUACCAUCUUUAAAAGAAACGAAAGAGUGGAAACAGUGAAAUCGGCAUUAUAUGUCUAUAUGAUAUGUUUUUAUAUAAUGAUAUGAUUUGAUUUGAAAAAGGUCCACUGUCUUUUAGUUUAUUUAUUAGGCUAUGGACUAGAAUGUAAUGUUUUUUAAAUACAACUUUUGCAAACACGGGUAUUUUAACAUAAUUAUAUUAUUCUAUAUAUUGUCAAUGAUAUUUUUUUUUACUUUUCUCAUAUUUCUUGCCAACUUGUUACAAAGAUGUAAUUGAUAAGUUAAGAGAGAAUAAAAUCUUAAAAUAGUUA